GAAACAAAGCAUGAGGACAGCAGCGGUUAUGUGCGCCCUCUCGGGGGCUCCUAGUUCCUUGGCGUUUAUCUCUCCUAUGGCCUCCUCAGGCUUCCCUCAGCCUCGGGGAAGCGGGGGACUCGCAGCGCGCCCGACCUCGGUUACGGCUGCCGUGGUGAUGUCGCACGACGGUGAGGGCUUGCCUGUUUCCCGGCGAUCUCUUGCGGAAGGGGUUUCCGCAACGCUAGCGGCGUCGGCUGCGCUUCUCACGGCGCAACCCUCGCCUGCCGCGGCGAAGCCAGAGCGCAUCAAGGGCGGAGGGCCGCUGGUGACACUGGAGGAUGGCGCCAGCUAUCAGGAGAUGACGAUCGGCGAUGGGCCUUCGCCCAAGGACGGCGACAGAGUGGCCGUGCACUACUCCCUGUUUUACAAUGGCCUCGAAGUGGAAAGCUCAAGGGAUAGCCAGGGGUUGGCUGCGAGACCCCUGGGGUACACGGCGGGGACUGUGAACGGUCCGGGCAGCGUGCCCCCCGGGCUGGACGAGAUCGUCAAGGGGAUGCGUGUGGGCGGACGGCGCAAGAUGACUCUCCCGCCGCAGCUCGCCUUCGGCAAGGCAGGGAGGCCGCCGUUUAUCCCACCGGACGCCACCGUCGACAUGGACGUGAGCCUCUGGAGUGUCAAGCCGGCCGGCACAGACCCUAACGUAACGCUACCGGGCUCGUCGGUGUUCUAGAAGCCGAUCGACGCCCCCAUCAAGACUUUGCCCGAACACCUCGUCGAGCGACCCCGGUCGUCACCUUGGAAAGUGUUGUAUUUGAGGCUCGGGCGUACCCGUUGGCUAUCGAUGGGGGCGUUGCUCGAACCCAUCGCGACCUUUCCGUUACGUGGACGUGCCCGUUCGAAGCGGUGACGUCACUCGUAGUGGUUGAUGACAGGCGGUCGGGAUUUGCAGGAAUGAUCCGCGCGUUAAAACGACCACUGCAUAUUGUAACAACAAGGUCUGCACGUCUGCACGUUCCGAUACCUCACAUCCAGAACAUGCGGUGGUCCUUUUGAGCGGGGGAUUUUCGGAACGGCGUACUCGGAACUCCUGCGCCAGGGUAGGGCGUAGGAUUUUCCAG